AUGCCUUCCGAAGAAACAAAGGACACUGCCAUGUCCCAUACACCCCGUACGCCGCCGCUCUCCGCCGCUCUUGGGGCUUUUACUGAUGCGCGAGAAGCUGCCGUCGAAGACGCUGCCCCUCCCGCCGAAGAAGGCGGUCUCGAUCUUCUCAAGAAGAAGAAGAAGAAGCCUAAGAAGACCGAAGAUGCCGAAGGAGAAGAAGCAAGCGGUGCUGCCGAUGGAGCUGCCGACGCCGGCGGCUUGGAUCUAACCCUCAAGAAAAAGAAGAAGAAGAAGGCACCCAAGGCUGACGAAGGCGACGAAUUCGCCGCCAAGAUCGCCGCGCUCGACCUCGACAAAGAUGGUGCAGAGGGUGCUACUGACGCGAAGGGCGAAGAACAAAGUGGAGAUAUGGAGAAGGGUACUGGUAUCUGGAGCCACGACGAGACUAAACCGAUUAGCUACAAUCUGCUACUGAGCCGCUUCUUCAGCCUCCUGGCUCAGAAGAACCCGGACCACGCGUCCAGCGGCACACGAAGCUACAAGAUCCCACCUCCCCAGUGUUUGCGCGAAGGUAACAAGAAGACCAUCUUCGCCAACAUUCAGGAGAUCACCAAGCGGAUGAAACGAAGCGAGGAACACGUCACCGCCUACCUUUUUGCCGAGCUGGGUACAACCGGUUCCGUCGACGGUAGCAGACGAUUGGUUAUCAAGGGUCGAUUCCAACAGAAGCAAAUUGAGAACGUUCUACGAAAAUACAUCAUUGAGUACGUUACCUGCAAGACCUGUCGAUCUCCCGACACAGAACUUAGCAAGGGAGAGAACCGACUCUACUUCAUCACGUGCAACUCAUGCGGAUCCCGCCGGUCCGUCACUGCUAUCAAGACAGGUUUCUCGGCCCAAGUUGGCAAGAGAAAGAAGAUGGGUUAA